ACCGCGUGCCGGUGCUAUAAUCGCCCAGGUAUCGUCAUCCAAACGUCAUCCUACGGUUUAUAUAAAAGUGAUUUUGCGAUACGGUCCGCGAGUUCGACAUCGCAGCAGUCGAUCGACGGUGUUUUGGUUUGCGUAGCCACGAUCUGGUGCCGUCCCGUUCCGUACCACAGACGACGCGUCCGCCGAACGGCCGAUAAUAAAAUAACUUCAGUUGGUUUUGACGUUUGGCCGAGUCGCGUGUGGGUGCCUGUGACCGCAGACUUUUUCCUCGCAUUUCGACCGACUGCGACGACGGACGUUUUCGAAUGCUAUUGCUGGGUGAAAACGGACAUUCCAACAACAUGAACACGUAUCCGGAGAACUUCAACUCGUCCCUAGAAAACAGCAGAAACUGCCUGCGCAGGAUCGCGAGGAACGACGACAAAGAGUUCUCGCACCAGAGCAUCCUCAACGUGAUGGAGACGUUCGUCAAAACGGUGAACACGAUGGACGAAACCAUCCUGGUGCCGUGCAGGCUGAUGGACCUCAAGGUGGGCGACGAGAACGACCCCUCGCUGGCCGAGAACCAGAAGAAGCACGGCAAAAAGGAGACGGUGCAGGACCUGUUGAACGCCACCGACCUGUUCGAGAUCUACAACAUGCUGAACAGCGUCAAGGACGGCCUGCUGUGGGGCGGCGAGAGCACGAACGUCGCGGAACCGACGGCCAGCGUCGCCGCCGUGAACGCGGCGCCCGCCAAGAAGGGUCACGUACGUCGGCCGUCCACGGUGUCGGUCACCUCGACCAACUCGUCGGCUUCGACGAUAUCCGAUUCGGAGUCGGAUGCGGGAAGCACCAACGAGAACGACUCCGGGAUUGAGGAGUCGACGCAGGAGUUCGUCGAGGAGUCGACCCAGAAGGUGGCGACCGACUUUCGCAGACACCUGCACGGUCUGACCAAGUCUCUUAAGCAGAUGACGGAGGCGGCUCACUACUUAACAUGGCGUUAUCAGCAUGAUAUUGGAGGACCUGUGUAAUCCCUAAUGUUGUGAUCAAAUUUGUUAUAUUUAUAUAUCCGUUGAAUCUUUUCAAUAUUCUACGACUGUGAGUGUAUGAGAUGGAUGGAUGCGUGGAGGUGUGAUAUAAGUUUUUUUGAAAAGUGAUAAAAGUUAGGCUAUUGUUUGUUUUGCUCAUUCUUUUUUCGUUGUAAUUAUUCUAUUUAUUUUAGUGAGAUAAUGUAUUUUACCUAUAAAUAAAUAUAUUAUUUAUAAUGUUUAUUUCGUCUCCUUUUAAUUUGGGCAUAUUUUAUCUAUAAUAGAUAUAAACCACAACACCUAGGUACCUUUCAAGUUAGUUAUACCAAUCUGCUGAGUGAGAGAACUUCAAAGGUAUCUAAGUGCUGCUAUGGCAUUCUUAUUACUUUAUGACGUCUACUUGAUAACAUUUAUAAACACCAUAAAACUUUCAAUUGUGUUAAUGAGCAUUUCUAAAGUAUUUAAUUGCCAAUUGUAUACGCAUUAGUUUUCACGAAUAACAUCUAAAACGUAACAUAUUUUAUAUGUAUUGAGAAAUUUUAAAAUGAUAUUUUCUAAAAUUUGUUUUACCCAUAAAUAUAUUUAUUAUUUUAUAAAGUU